AUGGCUUCCUCUUCCUAUUGUUUUGUCUUCGUUUCUGUGGCACUUCUGUUACAACUUAUCUUAGGCUCUGCUUCAGCCUUAACCUCCACAAAACUCAUCGACGACAUAUGCCAACAUGUCAACAACAAAACCUUCUGCGUUGAAACCUUGAGCGCUUAUCCUCCGGCGGUUUCUGCCACCGGCAAGUUCCAACUAGCUAAGGCCGUUCUCCGCCUUGGCAAAUCCUAUGCCCUAAAAUCGGCUAGUUUCAUUGAAAAAGCGUCAAAAGAUAGACCGAACAUGAAGAAGCAGUUCAAGGCUUGUCAAGAUGCCUACGUGAACGUUGUAAUGUCUCUCAAGAUCGCUGCCUCGGAACUCAAGGAAUCGCCGGAAAGUGCAAACUAUGACGUCAUGGUUUGUACCGACAGUACGACGAUAGUGAAGGAUUUGGUCGGGAAAAAUAGAGAUGUGGCAGCCAAGAAAGUCAUGACGAUGACACUGAAGAUGGAGAAUCUCCUUGCCAUUGCCGUUGGAGCCACCGUAGCUGUUGGUGGGUGA